GAGGAGGUUUCCCACCGUUGCCCAGAUCUCCUACACCGCAGAGUCCGGGCUAUGCUGCAGUACACGCAAAGCCCAAACCCCCCUACCCGCGCAAAGGCGCCCAGCACUGGCAGCCCGCAGCAAGCCCGAGUGCCGCCGGCGCAGGGCGCAGCCCCGGGGCGGAGCUGGCGGCGGCGGCGGCGGCGGGAAGGAGGCGGCGCGGGUGGAGCAGAGCCGAGGCUGGCGGGGGCAGCGCGGCGCGGGCGGCGGAGCGGCGGGAUGCGGCAGUGCCGGGCCACGGGGCUGGCGGGGCUGACCGCGGUGCUGCUGGUGGCUGUGAGCAGAGCCCAGGUGCAACAGGAGCCGGCGGCAGAGACCAGCGAGGGCACCGGCAUCAACAUCACCUGCUCACACCCCAGUAUACAGUCCAGCGAGGUCAUCUACUGGUACCGUCAGCUCCCGGGCCGAGGACCUGCAUUCCUCGUCAGCGCUGUCAAAGGCUCCAAGCAGGUUCUGGAUCCGGAGGGGCAGCUGUGGGUGUCGGUAGACCGCCGCUCCAGCGCCCUGUGUCUCGCCCGGCCCCGGCUCGGGGACGCGGCGCUGUAUUACUGCGCCGUGGACCCACAGGAAGCGAAGCCGGGGCUGCGGCCGGGCACGAACCGCUUGGGGCGGGGCGGGGGCACAGUGCCGUCCGGGCCCGCAGGGGGCGCUGCCUGCAUGGCCGCCAAACUCCAUCCUGACCGGGGUGCGCCGCCCUGA